AUGAAAGUCCACCAUCAUCAUCCAUCAUCUGUGCUGCUGUUACAGUCGGACAUGCUGAAGCCGGGCGAGCCGAGCGGUUCUGCUUUCCUCAAAGUGGACCCGACCUACAUCCAGCACUGGCAGCAGCUCUUCCCGCAGAAUAGCGCACUGAAAGCCGCUUCUCUGCCGCCUCCGGUGCCGCUGGAGAACCUCCGCCUGCAGAGACCCAGCCUGAUCUCGAGCUCCAGCUCCUCCACCGCGUCUCCCGCGGGUCAGAUCGCGCUGUUCGGACAGACUCUGAGCUCCGACACCGGCGGCGGAUCUUCUCAAGCCAAAGAACUUUGCUUGUCGUCCAACUUUAAGAAUGAUAAAGGAUCGCGGCUGAAGCUGAGCUCCGAGGAGCUGGACUAUUAUCUCUACGGACAGCAGAGGAUGGAGAUCAUCCCGCUCAACAACCACAACGGAGAGCUCAACAACCGUUGUGACAUGUGUGCGGACAACCGUAACGGCGAGUGUCCCAUGCACGGACCCCUGCACUCGCUGCGGAGGCUGGUGGGGACCAGCAGCUCCUCGGGGGCCGUUCCUCCUCCAGAGGUCCCGGACUGGCUGAGGGAUCUGCCCCGUGAGGUGUGUCUGUGCACCAGCACCGUCCCGGGUCUGGGAUACGGCAUCUGUGCAGCCCAGCGCAUCCCACAGGGCACCUGGAUCGGGCCCUUCCAGGGAGUCCCGCUGCCGCUGGAGAAGGUGCAGUCGGGUUCCGUGCGAAACACAAGACACUUAUGGGAGAUUUACGAUCAGGAGGGAACCUUACAGCACUUUAUUGACGGGAACGAGCCCAGUAAGUCGAGCUGGAUGAGGUACAUCCGCUGCGCCAGACACUGUGGAGAGCAGAACAUGAUGGUGGUGCAGUACAGGUCGUGUAUCUUCUACCGGGCGUGUGCAGAUAUCCCUCGAGGAACGGAGCUCCUGGUUUGGUACAACGACAGCUACACGUCUUUCUUCGGGAUCCCGCUGCAGUGCGUCGCACAAGAUGAAAACUUCGGCUAUUUCAGUGUUUAUGUGCACAGCAUGCUGUGUGAUGAUGAAUGUGGAAUGUGGUUCAGCCUUUCUGAACAUAAAGUGUCUUUGAAAGCGUCUGAAGACGUUGGUUCCUCAUCCAAGAUCUGA